AUGACGGAAGCUGAAGGUUUUCCAGAAGGUUUGCACCCGACUCUUGUCGCUAACUGCGCCGUCAACACUUUUUUGUCUUUCACUGUCAUCGUAUUGAAUGUCAUAACAAUACAAGCGCUCCGAAAAACGGCGUCGUUGCCAAAGACUUUAAAAACAUUGCUCCUGAGUCUGGCUGUUUCUGAUCUUGGUGUUGGUUUGCUUGCCCAACCUCUCUAUAGAGCAACUCUUGUAAUAAAAAUCGAUCAAAGUACGCUAUAUGGAUGCUGCGUUCAAUGUAUUUCACGUAGUCUUCGACUUCUUGGAUAUGAAUUUUCGUCUGCUUCAUUUUUUGGCAUGUUCGCUUUAACUGUUGACAGAUUCUUAGCAAUUCAUCUUCAUCUCAGAUACCAGGAAGUUGUGACAUACAAGCGAAUUGUUGCCUUAGUGAUCACAAUAUGGGUGCUCAGUUCAGCUCUUUCGGUACUUGCUUUGAACGAAAAAUUAGAGAUAGUUCUCUCUUCUGUUAUUGGAAUCAUUGGGUCUGUUUGUCUAAUAAUUGCAGGAGUUCUUUGCUGCAAAAUGCACGCAGUUGUUCGACGCCAUAGAAAUGAAAUUAAUCGCGCCCUGCAAGUACAACAAGUAGCACAGAAUGGAAAACUAGUAAAUGACGCAAAGCUGAAAAAAACUGCACUUGCUACAUUUUAUGUCUAG